UGAUUGGUAGAGUGAAAUUGGAACUAUUUCUAUGGAGUUAGUUUCUGUAUUUGCUUCUUACUGACAAAAAUUGUUCCAAAAACUUGGGAUAAUUGCCGAAGAUGAGUAGCUCAGCACCAUGGAAGCAGCUUCUACUCAGCUCCAUCAACUCCAAUUCCCAUCUUAAGCAUUCAACCUACUUUCAGCUCGCAACUGUUGGAUCCAAUGGAAGACCCUCAAAUCGAACUGUCGUCUUCAGAGGUUUUCAAGAUGGUACUGAUAAGAUUCAAAUUAAUACUGACUCACGAAGCUGCAAGAUUGAAGAUCUUAAGCAUUGCCCAUUUGCAGAGGUGUGCUGGUAUUUCACUGAAACUUGGGAACAAUUCAGAAUUCAUGGAAGAGUCGAUAUGAUUGAUGCAUCAAACUCUGACCCCGAUAAACUUAAGCAAAGAGAGGCAGCUUGGUUUGCUGGUUCUGUGAGAUCAAGACUACAGUAUUUGGGGCCUACUCCAGGACUUCCUUCUCUAGAUGAACAACAAUCACAUGAUUCAUUGGAUUCGUCUGCUGGUCCAGUCGAUGCAUUCUGCCUUCUACUUCUGGACCCUGAGCAGGUUGAUUAUCUGAACUUGAAGAGUAAUGAGAGGCUAGCAUUUACUACUGCGCGAAGUGUCAAUGAUUUCACAGUUCCUGAUGAAAGAAAUCAGCUGAAUUUGAAGCACAUGCGUAAUAAGGUACCUCUACCCAAUCUCUAAUGCUUCAGUUUCUGUUUGUGGUCCCUGGUAUACUUUGUCACUAGCUGGAAGCCACUCACCAUUCAGAACAUUUUAUUCAGAGACAACUGGUAGCUUUCAAAUUUCUCCUACAGGAUCCCUUCAAUUCUACCUUGUGAUGAAUUGUGAUUUACCAAUCUAUAAAUUGACAAAGUUUAUGGUUGAACUGUUGUGAUAAUUUGAAUUACCAAAACGCUUGUGCUAAGCACUUGCUAGUUGUACUUGAAGGAAAUGUUAAUACUCUGUUUCUUUGAGUAGUUAGUUAGUUAUCUACCGCCUAAAGGCAUGCUUGGAA